CAUGCAAAUGAGACAGAGUAUGAGUUGGGGAGAUUCCUUGGGGGAGACAAGGCUCUAACAUUUAUGUAAUUAUGUCUGAAUCCAAAUCUGGAUUAGUUGGCCUCAUUGAUAUGUGAUUAAGAUGAGAUUCCUUGUGUCGCCUAACACGCAUAAUAUAUAUUGAGAAGAAUGCAGAUCCGUAGACUCAAAUCAACAUUCAACAUUAAGGCUUCUCUUUCUCCUUAACCAAAAAAAAUAAAAUAAAAAUGGCAGCCUCUCCUUUGAACUCAAAAUCCAAUUUCCAUGGUCGCUCAAACAGCUUGCCAUCUAGACCACACCCACUCAUGCUUAAAUGCAAUGAACAUUUGGACACCUUGUUAAGGGCUUCAAAUGAAACCACCUCUUCCUCCUCAACAUCGCUUUGCAAUAAAAUUGGAGGCUUGCGAGAUUUGAUUGAGUGUGUUGAAAAAUUGAUUCAGCUUCCACUCACUCAAGAUGCACUUCUCCAUGAGCAUCAAGAAAAUUGGGUAAAUAACCUCUUGGAUGGAUCCUUAAGGCUAUUAGAUGUGUGUAGCGCAGCCAAAGAUGCUUUACUGCAUACAAAAGAAUGUACAAGGGAACUUCAAUCCAUCAUAAGAAGAAGGGGAGAUGGAUUGGAGCUCACUGCAGAGGCUAAGAAAUUCAUGACAUCAAGAAAGGUAGUGAAAAAGGCCAUCUCCAAAGCCUUGGCAAAUUUGAAGGGAAAUACCAAACAUAGCAACAUCUUAUCUACAAACAAUGACCAUCAAACAGUGGCUUUGAUUAGCUUAUUACAAGAUGUUGAAGUGGCAACCCUAUCUACAUUUCAGACAAUAUUGCAAUUUAUCUCGGGGACAACACAGUCAAAAUCAAACAGCUGGGGUUCCAUUUCCAAACUUAUUCAGCCGAAAAGAGUUGCUUGCUCACUAUUGACAGAUGAAAGUGAAUUUUCCCAAGUGGAUGUAGCAUUGCAGUCCUUUGUAUUUACCAAGAAUAGAAAAGUUGAAGGCAUCAAUGAUCUCCAAAACCACUUGGAGAAAACAGAGUCGUGCCUUCAAGACAUUGAAGAAGGGCUUGAGUUUUUGUUUAGGCGUCUCAUUAAAAUUAGAGUCUCACUUCUUAAUAUCCUCAACCAUUAGUUGAACUUUUAUUUGGAGAAAAUUUUGUAGAUAUAUAGAUACACUUGUACAUGGAAAUUAUAUGUAAAGCAAUAAUAAAGC